AUCAACGAUUCGGCGUCAAAUCUUUUUUUUUCUCCUCUCUUUUCCAUUUUCUAUCGUUUCCUUCGACAAUUUAUUCGUUUAUUUAAAAUUUGUAAUGGGUAAGUAUUUACGAAUAGUCUUAGCGAAUGAUUAAAAAUCGAUGAUAACGAUGAUAAUCAUCGAUCGAUUCAAUCUUAAUCAGUAUCGAAACUUUCAUUCAAACUCGUAAGCGGUUAACUCUAUUUCAAUAAUUAAUCGUUAUUUAAUUACGAGAACUUGUGUAAUUAAAUGGUUAAGUCUCUGUUUGCGAACUGACUAGCUGAUUAUAAAUUUCGAUCACGUUCGCGUUUAUUUGUCCGGCUCAAUAGAGAACGGCUCCCGAGCGGCUCGAGUUAAACAAUAAUUACGUUCCUGGAUCGAUCGUGUAUGCAUCGAAAUAUAAAGAAGACUGUCUACUCUUAGGAAAAAUGUAAUGUAAUCUCGUAACUAACUUUUCGACUUCAGAGAAAAAAAAAAAAAAAAAAAAAUUAAAAAAACAAAGAAAACCCAGAAAUCACGAACUUCGCGUUCGUCGAAACGCGUCGUUCAACAUUUUCAUACAAACACGAUUCCUACAAACCGAUUUCUAACACAAAAUCAAAUUAUUCGGUCAUAACAAUUACAUAAUUUCAAAUUUUUUCAUUAUCCCAAAAGAGUAACUUUAAUUUUAAGUCUGAUUAAAAAGAAGAAAAAAAAAGGAAAAAAAAUGGAAUACCAUUAAAAACUUUUAUCGGUUCAAACGAUGGAGGAAAAGUUGAUAAAAUGAAGCUUCACGAUCUCUUUCGCGGAAUCACAUUUUAAAUUAAAAAAAAAAAAAAAAAAAAAAAAAAAAAAAUAAAAUAAAAUAAAAGUAAAAAAAAGACAAAACAAUUAGCCUACAUAAAAUACAUACACAAAGACAGACGUAAAAUCUACAAUCAGAUAUGGAUGUAAACGAAGAUGCUCCGGAGGACGUAAAACGUGCCGUUUCGGUAGAAAAGGAGAUAAGGGAGGGUGAAAAGGACGACAAAUUUGAAGUACAUUCACAAGAAAGAGAAAAGAAGAAAAAAAAAUGGUUACAUUGUGCCAAACCAUUGCCGAAGAGAAAGAAAACUAUGGCAGAGAAUGAAUGUUGUCAGAAAAAAAAGAAGAAGGCAGCGGCGAAAGACAUGAAACAAGUAACAGUGAUGAUUUAUGGUAAACCAUGCGUUUUUCCUAAACAGGACACCAUUCCGAGACAUUGUUUGUCAAAAAAAGAAUACAUCGAUCUAUUAGCCACUCCGAAUUAUAGAUGUCCAUCACCAUGUUUGCAAGAGGAAGUAAAAAGAAAGUUAAAACCAAUUUCAACAAGAAUCAAAGAACUCGCUCGGCCAACAAAGCACCGUAUGUUAAUGACCCUACAGGAAGUUGGUACUAGAUUGAAGCCCGAAUUUGUGGAUAAUUUAAUAAAAUCACUGGAGGGUGAAACUUGUCUUACACCAGAGCAAGCAGCGAAGGCGUUUCGCGAUAAAAAACGUAAGAGAAUCGCUAAGAAACGAGAAAGGACACGUAAGUUAGGCCGGAUUACUCGAAUGGCGAAAAAAUCUGGUGCAGCAAGUUCUACGAUGUUGGACAAGGAUGCAGUAAUGUGUCAAUAUAUGAUGGCCGAGUGUUUUGUUAAGAGUAUUCUUGAUUGGAAAUGUCCUAUACCGAAGGAAGAGUACGAGGAUAUUGCAAGUGUGAUAAUGAGAAGAUUGAGUUACAUUCUUGAAUAUACGCCGACCGAUGAGAGCGAUCGUAAGUCUCAGCAGAUGCGUUUCCUCUCAGAUAUAAUAGCUUCCUGGAUAUCGGGGGUUCUCUUCGAAGUUGCGGAUGAUCAUGAAAAGGAAUUAAAGGAAAUUUGUGAGAGAAAACGAAAGGAAGAAGAGGAAGAGGAAGAAGAAGUGGAGGAGGAGGAGGAAGAGGAAGAGGAGGAGGAGGAGGAGGAGGAGGAAGAAGAAGAAGAGGAGGAGGAGAAAGAGGAAGAGGAAGAGAUGGAACCGGAAGCUGAUAUGGAAGAAGCUGAGAAAUUAGAGAGGGAACGAAAGGAAAUGGAAGAAAGAAGAAUCCAAGAGGAGGAGGAGGAAAGGUUACGGAAGGAAGAAGAAGAAGCGAGAUUACAGAAAGAGAAAGAAGAAGAGGAAGCAAGGAUACAGAAAGAGAAAGAAGAAGAGGAAGCGAGGUUACAGAAAGAGAAGGAAGAAGAAGAAGCGAGAUUACAGAAAGAGAAAGAAGAAGAAGAAGCAAGAUUACAGAAAGAGAAAGGAGAAGAAGAAGAAGCAAGAUUACAGAAAGAGAAAGAAGAAGAGGAAGCGAGAUUACUGAAAGAGAAAGAAGAAGAGGAAGCGAGAUUACUGAAAGAGAAAGAAGAAGAGGAAGCGAGAUUACUGAAAGAGAAGGAGGAAGAGGAGAAAAGGUUACGGGAAAAAGAAAAAGAAGAAGCGAUAUUAGAUAAAGAGGUAUUACUAGAAAAAGAUGAAGAAGAAAGAAGAAAAGCGGAGAAAGAAAAGGAGAGAAAGAGAAUAGCAGAAGAGGAAGCGAAGAGAAAAGAGGAAGUCGAGAAGCCUAUAAUAAAGAUCGGAGAGUACGAAUUCUUCCCUACCGACCUACCGUUCGUGACCUUCGGCUUGUUGAUAGACGUUCUUUAUGUCAUGUUGGAAUCUAUGCCAGAGAGCAAAGACGUUGAUCUGGUUCGUGAUCGUAUUCAGAGAGCGAUCUAUGAUAAAUUUAGCUCUGUGAUAGAGAAGGAAGAUCCGGAAGCAUUGAACGAACAUAUGAAGGACGUAUUGGUGGUUUUAGCUGGGAAGAUCGCUACUUGGCUCAAAAAUAUUCUCACAGAGUCACAAAUCAUAUUCUUAGACAAAUAUCCGGCCGAAGUCGAAUCCGUUGAAAUUAGAGAUUGGUCGAAGUGGCUGACGUACGUCAGCGAUACUGCAAGCAAUUGGGGUAACUGGCUUCACAAGGUCGUCGAGAAAGCCGGAGAUAUAAGGGAAGAAGGAAUAACCCGAGGCGAUUGGCAAGAGUGGACGAAAUCCGUCGACGUUGAUGCUCUUCUUUGGAGACGCUUUCAUCUGCAGACCAUUCAUCAGGCUCAUAGAAACGCUACGUUAAUGGCGCAGAGGGAAGUAGUUAAGACUGGCACCAAGACAAUGGACUUCUCCGAGAAGGAAAUACGGAACACCAAUCUUCAAAGUGUAGCUUGACGAAAAAAAAAAAUGCAAAAAAAUGAAAAAAAGCAGAUUGUAAUUUAAUAAGACAUUUAUAAAGAAACUAUGAAAUAGAAUGUAUAUUUAAAUUGUUUGAUUAAAGAAUGACGAAAAUGGGUCAAAAAACGAAAGGGAUCAACGUGUAACAUUUUAUCGAUAUGAUUUAUUUAACAAUAAUUAUUAUCUGAUUAAAAUAAAUAAUUCCAUUGAAUGAAUGUGUUCUUUUUAAUAAUUUUUUUUUAGUAUUUUUCCACGACUCCAAAUACAAUAGCUACGAAUAC